AUGCAACUCCAAGCCCUCAUUCUCGCCGCCUUCGUGGCCAGCACGGCUUUUGCAGCCUCGGACGCCUCGAACGAUGCCCUGAGCGGCGUCAAGCGCAUGCACCGCCACCACGGCAUGAGCCUCGAGUGCCGCAAGGAUACCUCAAACAAAAACUCGACUCGUCUCGCUAGUGACAGCAACAGCGGCGACUGCAUGAACUUCAGAACCGUCAAGAGAGCCAAGAGCGUCAAGAGCAGCACAAGCCAGUCGCAUGCUGGCUCCAAGCUCGGUAUCGCCACAGCCGACUACGGCAUCGACUUCUCCAAGUUUACCUCCAGCAAGAAGGUUUCAUGGAUGUACGACUGGCAGGCGACGCCCAACGGCCAGACGCCUUCAAAAGGUCUCAAGAAGAUCCCCGAUGGUGUCUGCUACUUCCCCAUGCUCUGGGGCACCAAGAAUGUGAAGGCCGGCAAUGGUGCCCAGCGCUACUCGGACUUCAAGAAGUACAUCGUGAACAACCCGAACUCGCCGCUACUGAAAAAGUGCCCCGAUGGCUCGCCGCGCAAGAUCAUGAUGUUCAACGAGGUGGAUCUGGCGACGCAGGGCGGCAUGACCGUCAGCGAAGCGUGUGCUAUUGGUCGUCAGUACUUCCUUCCCCUCAAGCAGAACCACGGUGUCGAGAUCAUCGGCCCGAGCUCCAUCUUGGGUAACUCGUGGUACAAGAGAUUCCGCUCGCAGUGCCCGGACGUGUUCAAGGCGAUUGACUACGACUCCGUGCACGACUACCAGACCGACCCACAGACGACGAUUUGGACGUUCGAGGCCUGGCAUGCCGAGUUCGGCAAACCACUUGCCAUCACCGAGUACGGUGCUUAUGACUACAACCACGGCGGCGGCGCACCGAGCAAGGCCAAGGCGCAGAAGUACGUCCAGGGCGUCAUGGAGUGGGCCGAGAGCACAGACUACGUGAAGUUCGUCGCGCCAUAUGCCGUCCUGACGCACACCAACAUCGGAAAGGUCAACGCGCUUGCCACCUCCAGCGGCCAACCCACCAAGCUGUGGAACAUUGUCCUUAACGCCGUGAAGUCGUCAUAAAGCUAUGUCCCUGGUCUUGCAGCCGUCUACCUUUCGGAUUUGUACCACCCCACGCGUGCCGUUCUGCAUAUCCUCUGCACGGUGAAUUGACCCGUGCAUUAAGACGUCCCACGUAGGUACCUUACCGUAGCUUGCAGCACAAAGCGAAGUCCGUAAACAGAUAGUCUUCGUUCUUCAUUCGCUCUUCAGUGAUUCUUUUCACCGUCAUACUCAGCUUUUUGUUUAUUUUUUGUCUG